AUGCUUUCCUCAAAGUGCUCCACAAUUGCCAAAUCCAGCUCCUCUCGAUCAAUGAUAUCCUCAGCCCCGUCAUUAAAAUCUUCCACCGGUAGCCAGAGACUCUCGCUUCUAAACCGGCAGUUCAGCACCUCCCCACAACGUUCUGUGCGAGAUGCAUACAUCCUCUCAGCUGCCAGAACGCCCACCGCAAAGUUCAACGGAGGCUUCAAAGACGUACCCGCCCCCAAACUCGGAGCCCAUGCUGUGCGGGAGGCAAUCGCUCGAUCCGGUGUACCGGCCAGUGAAAUAAGCAAUGUGUAUUUCGGAAACGUUCUACAAGCCUCAGUCGGACAGUCCCCAGCGCGACAGGUUGUCCUCUACGCAGGGCUCCCGGAAACUACUGAGGCAAUCACGAUCAAUAAAGUGUGUGCGUCCGGACUAAAGGCAGUGUCCCUUGCUGCGCAGGACAUACAGCUGGGGUUGUCGGAAGUUCAGGUUGCGGGUGGGAUGGAGAACAUGAGUAGAGUGCCGUUCUACUACCCCAGGGCAACACCUCCGUUUGGACAUGUACAGGUUGAGGAUGGGCUGAUUAAGGAUGGGCUUUGGGAUGUUUACGAUCAGAUCCACAUGGGAAACUGCGCGGAGAACACUGCCAAGAACCUUUCCAUAACUCGCGAAGACCAGGACGCCUACACCGUCGAGUCAUACAAACGGGCCAAAGCGGCUUGGGACUCUAAGGCUUUCGACGAGGAAGUCGUACCUGUAACCGUUAGCUCACGAAAGGGCGACGUGGUGAUCUCCAAGGACGAGGAGUACGAGGCGAUCAAGAUGGAGAAAAUCCCGACCCUGAAGCCGGCAUUCCAGAAAGUCGGGGGAACAGUGACCGCCGCCAACUCAAGCACCUUUAGCGAUGGGGCAAGUGCGCUGGUAAUCGGGAGCAAGGCAGUUGCCGAGAAGUACGGAGGAAACAGCAGGGUUCUUGCUAGGAUUGUUAGCUAUGCGGAUGCUGCGACAAAGCCUAUUGACUUCCCACUUGCGCCCACUUUUGCGAUUCCUAAAGCGCUUGAGAGGGCGGGGUUGGAGGUUAAGGAUAUUGCUAAGUGGGAGAUUAAUGAAGCUUUCGCUGCAGUUAGCAAGGCGAACGAAAAGAUCCUCGGACUGGACCCCUCCAAAGUAAACGUCAAGGGCGGCGCCAUCGCCUUGGGACACGCACUAGGAUCCUCUGGAUCCCGAAUCCUGACAACACUGCUCUACCUCCUCAAGCCAGGAGAGUACGGAGUAGCGGCCAUCUGCAACGGCGGUGGUGGAGCCACAGCUAUGGUUGUGCAGCGGAUUGAGAAGGUCUAA